AUGAUCUUGAACAAUCAAGUUCUUGGUGGAAUUCAAACUACAGAAAAUUUUUAAAAGAAAAUUGAUGAUUAUGAAACUGGCAGAAAUAAUGAUCAGGUAGAAAUGAUUUCUUUAAAACUAAAAAUUUAAGAAUUUAAUACUUCUGGAUAACUAAAUGGAAUCGAAUUGGAAGAGGAUGACUACGAUGCUAAUCUCACAAAGAGAUCAACAAAAGUAGAUAAGAUUAUUGAAUUAUAAGUAUCUGAAGAAGUUGAAGCGGAACUAAAUAAUUCUGUAGUAAUAAUUGAAGAACAGAAUGAUUAAUCGAGUGAGAUUAAGCCUAAAGAUCAAGUGAAUUAUUUACAUUUAUUGAUGUCUCCUCGAGGAUUCUUUGCUUGCCUCGAUAUUCUUUUGUGCUGCUAGAUGUAUAACUUUUGCGAUACUAGCUUACCGUACUAUCUAGAUAAAGAGUUUGGAUACAGUCCAAGUAUGAUCAGUCUUGUUUUUGUAGCUUAAAAUAUUGCUUUUGUUAUAACUUGCUUCAUUGCUCCAAAAUUGACAAAGAAAUUCAAUUUGAUAUUGUGUAUUGUUCUGGCUUAAGUAAUUCAAGGGAUUGCUGCUUAAUUGAUAGGUCCAAAUGAAACUCUCCAUUUGCCAAAAUACGUUUGGAUUACUAUUUUGGGACUUCUGAUUAACGGAGGAGCAACAUCGAUGACGAUCAUCCCUCCCUACAAGCAGCUUGAAUUAGCUCUGUUUGAAUACAAAGGGAAAAAUUUUGACAAAGAGGCAGUUAAAGAUACUGUUUCUGGAGCCUUUAAUGCUCUUUAUGAUUUAGGGUCUACAACUGGUCCUAUUUUCGGAUACUACGUGACUGCUGCGACAAACUUUCAACUAACUUCUAACCUUCAGGGCUAUAUGCUGUUUCUAACAGCACUACUUUAGCUCUUGUUCUUUUAUAUUCCUGAAAAGUUAAUGGAGCGAAAAAGAAGAGAUGCACAGGUAAAUAAGGAAAAUCAAGGAAUAGAUUCAGAAUAAAAACAAUGA